CGACACUCAGCAGAGCAGACUUUACUCACCCCUACACUAAGAAGGAGUCGGGACACCACAAUGGCUAAGUGGACUUUGGAGGAUGAACAGAUGAAUAGACUUUGUUGCUGUUGACUGGAAACAGCAAUAAAAUGCUGCCUUGGAAGAAGAAUAAGUUCGACCUGAUUGAGGAAGACAAGCAGUCGAAGCAGAAGGGCUAUGCGGUGAGUCUCAACUAUUCUGCGCUCACCUCCUUCGCCAAGUCCUGCCCCGAGAGCGCACUCAACAGGGUGGGCAGCAUGUUCAAGUCAAAGAGGAAAAAGGUGAAGAUCACCAGCGAGGACCCCACGUAUACGGUGCUGUACCUGGGGAAUGCCACCACCAUCCAGUCUAAAGGGGACGGCUGCACGGACGUGGCGGUGAGCAAGAUUUGGGGCAAAAGCGAAAUGGGCAAGAACGGCACCAAGAUGAGGCUGACCAUCAGCUCACAGGGCAUCCGGAUGGUGCAUGUGGACGACAAGGCCAGGAGGCCGGGACACUUAUACUUGCUGCACCGGAUAACCUACUGCGUCGCGGACCCGAGGCUACCCAAGGUUUUCGCCUGGAUUUACAGGCACGAAAUGAAGCACAAGGCCGUGAUGCUGCGCUGUCACGCGGUGCUGGUGUCCAAGCCGGAGAAGGCAAAAGCCAUGGCGCUGCUGCUGUACCAAACCUCGGCCACGGCAUUGGCUGAGUUCAAAAGACUGAAGCGGAGGGACGAUGCCAGGCACCAGCAGCAGCAGCUCAUAGGGGAACAAACCAUACCGCUGGUCCCCCUCAGGAAGCUGCUGAACGGACAGUGUUACUACAAACCCCCAGUGGAGCGCAGCCGGAGCGCGCCCAAGCUUGGCUCUAUCACAGAGGACUUGGUCGGGGAGGAGGAGGAGGAGAAGGCGAUGCACUUUGAGUGUGAGGACAUUCUGGACACGGACGAUGAUUGUGUUGCCAACGGCAAACAGGAGUUGACUCAGAUUAUUAAUGACUUGGGGGAGAUGAGCAUUGGGAACGACGUGCAGACACUGAAAUCCGAUCUCAGAGUCACCAGACUUCUCUCUGGCGAGAGCACGGGGAGUGAAUCCUCCAUAGAGAGCAACCAGGAGCCCCCUCAGCUCACUAAUGGGUUUGAGGAGGUAAAGGUGCAGGAAAUUGCCUGAGUAAUUUCAGGCAUUUCUGGUCGCCUCUGACGCAUUGUUUUGUUGUCUCCACAAGAAACAUUUCCUCUGUCGGUUGUUCCUUGUUGUUGGAGAUUCGUUUGUCUAAUCUGUGCCUCCACGACUAUGAUCCAGAAAAGAUCCUCUAAGGUUUUGGGGCAGUUAACGCACAUGGACACACAAUUAGGCUACUGAACGAUACUUUAAGAUUGUGUAAACAGGAAAACAAAUGAAAAAACAAGUGCAUGCCCAUUGGAGAGAUGACUGGUUGAACCGACAAAAUCCUUAAGACGCACGGCACUAAUUCCAUCACUUUUAUUUAAGAGGAUUCUGUUGCAGCCUCAAGCUUGUUUACUUUAACGGUUUUUUUUAAUUCUCUGUUGAAAAUUCUUGAAAUUUCUCAAGAUCCAAAAAAAGAACAUGAUAUUUUUUCUAAAGCAGGUUUUGUUUGGUUUCCUAAGUGAUUCAGUGAGUCUAAACAGGCAUCCUUAAUUUCCCUGCCAGGGCGCUUUUGUAACAGCCUGUUCAUUUAUUUUAUUUUGCACUGUUGUACAAUUCAUUCAAGUAUUACAUUGUCUACAUGUACACAAUGUUUGGUGGUAUGUUGUCUGAAACAUAAAUGUCAUAUCUUUGCUGUGCAAAAGAAAAACACUGUUAUGUACUAAGAUGUAAAGUAAAAUGUUUAAAGUAUAAAUAUGUUAUUUUUUAAAGAAUAAAAAAAUGUGGUUUGUUAUGUGAACCUCAUAGACUUAUCAAUAAAAAAAAUGAAAACGA